UGAAAAAGUAGUUUUUAGUCGAAGAUAUCCCUUUUUGUUUUUUAGAAUACUUUGUCAUAAAGUAAAAACCAAGUUGUUUUCCGAUAAAUAUAUGUUAUAUAUGCAGAUAAAAGAAAACUAUAAAAAAUCAGAGAAGAAUAGCCAUGAAAACUCAAAUUACACCAAAGGGCGAUGAGCCUUCAAUGUAUUUACAGAGACCCUCUACUGGUAAAUCACAAGAUGUUCGUCAUAUUUUAACACAAACAUUCAGAGAUUUAUACACUAGAGAUACAGUGAGGCCUGAAACUGUUAAAAAUCUACAAGUAACAAAAGGUAGUGAUGACCCUUAUCAUGAAAGAUAUGUUGAAUCUUUACAAAAGGUUUAUGAAGAAUGGCAGAAAAGAAUGGAUGAAGCUGCUAUGUUAGAACGCCAUAUUAUGCAGGCUCAAGCUAGAGCUACCUCAUCUGAUGAGCGAGAAUUAAACCAUACACUAACCAGUUGUGAUAAUUAUACAGAACUUGGUCUACCACCAGGUCAAUCUAAUUUCCGGUCAUGUAUUGAUACAGAAUUAUUAAAAUCUUAUGGUUUAAUCACACCUGAAGAUUAUUCUUUAAAAGAACUGGAUUCCAUUCCAGCUCCACAAAUACCCAAGACACCAAGUUAUGCCCGACAGACUUUAACAUCUGAUAAACAUACCUAUAGGAACGAGGGUAGAGAAGAGACACCAUUAUUUAUACCACCUGUUCAACUGAUGUCUGAUUUCACUGAAAGUAGUUUUAUUACAGAAGAUUAUAACAUAGAAACUUAUACAGAGUUAGAACAAUUUGAUGAAUAUUAUCAAUCCGGGAAUUGGAAACUACAGCUAAAUACAGAACAGAGAGACCAAGACAGACAAGAUUUAGCUAUGAUGAAUGCUAAAGUCAACUACCUACGUAAUCCACGCUACAUCCCUCCUUCAGCUCCUCCUGGCUGUCGUUUAUUAACAAAACAGUUUAAAAAGAAACCGAAAGAAAUUUGCAUACAAGAAAAGAUUGAAGAUUUAAAACCCAGUUCGCCAUCAGUAAUAUUUAUAGCUUCACCACCAGUUGUUUCAUUUAAACAAUAUAAAGUCGGACCAGUUUAUGAGAUUCAAUUGGAAUUGAAAAAUGUUUCUACAGUUUUACGUCAAUGCAGAAUACUUCCACCAAAAACUUCCUUUUUCUCUGUUGGACUAGGUCAGUUUCCAGGAGAGCAUGGUCUAGUGGCACCAGGUAUGAGCUGUAAAUAUGCUGUAAGAUUCAUACCAGAUUCUUUGAGAGAUUAUAGAGAUGAGAUAGUUGUACAAACUCAAUCUUCUACACCAUUAAUUAUACCUCUUGAAGGUCGUCGUGAACCACCUCAGUUAACUUUACCGUCAGUAUGGGAUAUUGGUUACAGUUUAGUUGGUGGAUAUGAAAUAACUCAGCUGGUUGUAAAGAAUGAAGGAGGUGAUGGGAGAUUUUGUAUUAUGCCCAGAACUUCCUGGCCAGCUGUCAGUUUUAAGGUAAAUUAG